GAGCGAGGAAGUUCCCAGCGUCACUUCCAGACUUCUAGCAGGUGCCAUGGCUAAAAAGUUAGUUUUAUAAAUAACAGUUUCUCGUGUAAUUAUGAGAAAGUGUGUUAAAUAUGAAGUAAAUCUGUGUGAAUGGACGCGACUCCUGUUGCCAUGGCUCUGUCGGAGUUGUAUACAAAGUAUAACAGGGUGUGGAUUCCUGAUGCUGAACAUGUCUGGAAAUCUGCGGAGAUUCUGACAGAUUAUAAUCCUGGUGAUUCUGAGUUGGAGAUACAGCUGGAGGAUGGGACGGAGUUGCAAUAUCCUCUGGAAGGGGGUGAGAAGUUGCCGCCCCUCCGAAACCCUGAUAUCCUGGUGGGUGAAAACGACCUGACAGCUCUCAGUUACCUUCAUGAGCCGGCCGUGCUACACAACCUCAAAGUCCGAUUCGUUGAGUCCAAAAUCAUCUACACAUAUUGUGGAAUCAUUCUGGUGGCCGUCAAUCCAUACAAGCAGCUUCCCAUCUACGGAGAUGCAGUCAUCCAUGCAUACUCUGGGCAAAACAUGGGCGACCUGGACCCUCAUAUAUUUGCCGUGGCUGAAGAAGCCUACAAACAAAUGGCCAGGAAUAACAAAAAUCAGUCCAUCAUUGUGAGUGGUGAAUCCGGGGCCGGAAAGACUGUAUCUGCUCGCUAUGCUAUGAGAUACUUCGCCAUGGUCAGCAAAUCCGGCAGCAAAACCCGAGUGGAGGACAAAGUUUUGGCGUCCAAUCCAAUCACUGAGGCUAUUGGAAAUGCAAAAACAACCCGAAAUGACAACAGCAGUCGAUUCGGAAAGUACACCGAGAUCAGUUUCGAUAAAAGAUACCAAAUCAUUGGUGCCAACAUGAGGACGUAUCUUCUGGAAAAGUCCAGGGUGGUGUUUCAGUCGGAGAACGAGAGAAAUUAUCACAUCUUCUACCAAAUGUGUGCUUGUGCAAAUCAGCCAGAGUUCAAAGGCUUACGACUGUUGGGCGCAGAAAAGUUUAAUUACACACGUUUGGGUGGUGAGAUCGAGAGGGGUGUGGACGACCGCGCUGAUAUGGCAGAAACACGCAGAACCUUCAAUCUACUGGGUCUCAAGGAAAACUUUCAGACUGACGUGUUUAAGGUGCUCGCUGCAAUCCUGCAUUUAGGAAAUGUAAUAAUCAAGGCAAAGGACCCGGAGAAAUCAUUCAUCGGUUCCAGAGACCCUCACCUGGCUAUAUUCUGCGACCUGAUGGGCGUCAGCACGGAAAACAUGAGCCGCUGGUUGUGUCACAGACGCAUAGUCCUGUCAACAGAGACCGUGGUCAAACCACAGCCCCGGGAACGGGCCGUCAAUGCACGCGACGCUCUUGCUAAACACAUCUAUGCUCACCUUUUCAACUGGGUCAUUCACAAAAUCAACCAGGCACUGAUGGUCCCUGGGAAACAGCAUUCGUUUAUUGGGGUCUUGGAUAUUUAUGGAUUUGAGACCUUUGAAAUUAACAGUUUCGAGCUUUGCAUCAACUACGCCAAUGAGAAGCUGCAGCAGCAGUUCAACCUGCACGUGUUUAAACUGGAGCAGGAGGAGUACAUGAAGGAGGACAUUCCCUGGACGCUGAUCGAUUUCUACGACAAUCAGCUUAUUGAUCUCAUUGAGGCUAAGAUGGGCAUUCUGGACCUUCUGGAUGAAGAGUGUCUGUUCCCGCAAGGCACUGAUAAAAAUUGGCUGCAAAAACUGUACAAUUUUCUAGGCUCAAAGCCGCUGUUUGAGAAGCCUCGUUUGUCUAAUGACUCUUUCAUGAUUCAGCAUUUUGCUGAUAAGGUAGAAUACCAGUGUAAAGGCUUUGAGAAGAACAGAGACACGCUUUAUGAAGAGCUGGUGGACAUCAGCGCGCUAUUUCGAAGCUCCUUGUACUUGUUGAUGGAGACGCUGAACGCCACGACACCUCAUUAUGUGCGCUGCAUUAAACCCAAUGAGGAAAAACUGCCAUUCGAGUAUGACUCCAGGCGUGUGGUUCAGCAGCUGAGGGCCUGCGGUGUGGAAACCAUCCGUAUCAGUGCUCAAAGUUACCCGUCCAGGUGGACAUACAUUGAGUUUUACAGCCGAUACAGUAUCCUGAUGAGCCAGUCGGAGCAAGCGGGCGAGAAGAAGCAGACGUGUAGGACGGUCCUUCAGAGGCUCAUUCCUGGUGAGAAGUGA